ACACACACACACACACACACACAGAGACGGUAACUCCCCCCCUCGGAAGACGUGUGGUGCUCGUCACAACAGCCAAGAAGUGGCCAGGAGGAGGACGGCGGAAUAGAAGCGUGCAGCCGCAGAGAAAGCAGCUAGUAGCCGCAGAAAGAGCAGCUAGUAGCCGCAGAAAGAGCAGCUAGUAGCCGCAGAAAGAGCAGCUAGUAGCCGCAGAAAGAGGAGGACAAGAGCGGCCUAGCGGCGUCAGACAUGCGGGCAGUUUAAGCUCCAAACACCGCAGCGGUGCUUUUAUAUCAUCGGAGAGAAGAACCUGCGAGAGCCGCGGAACUGAGGUCUAAUUCUUCUUGACGAGGCAGCGACGACAGAACACUCCGGAACAUUUUUUGGAAGGGAAAAGUUGAGGGUGUUUGGCGCGAAGACAUAGCGGCGACAUGAUGCUUGUUUGGCGGACACAGUCGGUGUCAUUUACCGCCCUGCUGGUCCUGCUGGCGGUCUGCUGCUGCCUAGUUAGCUGCCUCACUGUCUCGCUGGCCCCGCAAGAAGCCCAGCAGUUCCUCAGCAGGCAGCGCAGCAGGCGAGCCAACCAAGUGUUCGAGGAGACCAGGCAAGGUCACUUGGAGAGGGAGUGUGUGGAGGAGAAAUGUUCCAAGGAGGAGGCCAGAGAAAUCUUUGAAAAUGACCCAGAAACUGACUACUUCUUUCCCAAAUACAUGGACUGUAUGAAGAAGUACGGAGAUUCAGAAAAGACCAAACAGGAUCUGAUCACAUGUGUCCACAACAUUCCGGACCAGUGUUCCCCCUCCCCCUGUAACUCCAGAGGCACGGUGCGCUGCGAGGACAAGAAGGGAGACUUCCACUGUCACUGUUUCACGGGCUGGACCGGGGCCCAAUGUGAAAAAGAUGUUGAUGAGUGCAGCAAGAGGAACGGAGGAUGUGACCAUGAGUGCCACAACACGCUGGGAAGUUACCACUGCUCCUGUCGCCAUGGUUACAUGCUGGUCGGGCGCCACAUGUGCAACGACCUGGACGAGUGUGAAGGCCUGAACGUCUGUGGCUCGGCUCGCUGUCACAACAACCAGGGAGGACACCAAUGUCUGUGCGAGCUCGGCUACGUCUACCAGGAGGACAGCAAGAGCUGUGUCGAUGUUGACGAGUGUGAGGCAGACGUGUGCGCCCAGGAGUGUUUCAACACGCCGGGUAGUUUCCGCUGUUUCUGUGACGGUCGCCACGGUCUGAAGCUGGGCCAGGACCUCCGCAGCUGUAAGGCUGUAACUCCCUGCAUCACACCGGCCCUGAAGAGGAACUCUCGCUCCCUCUACCUGGGCAGCAUGUUCAGUGGCUUGCCCGUCAUGAAGCUGCGCUUCCGCCGAAGGAUUCACACCGGAUUUUCCGCAGAGUUCGAUUUCCGCACUUUCGACCCGGAGGGCGUGAUCUUCUUUGCCGGCGGUCACUUGAACAGCUCCUGGAUAGUGCUCGCAAUGCAUCAUGGGAAGCUGGAGCUGCAGCUGAAGUACGGCUCGGUCAGCAGGGUCACCAGCAGCGGACCUGUCGUCAACGACGGCCAGUGGAGGAAGAUUUCGGUGGAGGAGCAGGGGCGGAGUCUGGUCAUUAAGAUCGACAGGGAGGCCGUGAUGAAGAUUGCAGUAAACGGUGACCUGUUCACCUUAAAGAAGGACAUGCAUGAGCUCAACCUGACUGUGGGAGGAGUCCCCUUCAAGGAGAGCAGCCUCGUCAGCAAGGUGAACCCCCGUUUGGACGGCUGCAUGAAGGAGUGGCGCUGGUUGACCGGAGACCGCUCCAUGCAAGAAAGCAUCACCACCAACGAGAACAUCCAGUGUUUCAGCACCGAGAACCCUGGAGCGUAUUAUCCUGGCAGGGGCUUCGCUUUCUACAACAUCAGCUAUGAUUCCCAGAACCUGAGUGUCCAUUUGACCUUGUAUCCAACAUCUGCCAUGGGGGUUCUCUUUGCUCUGGUCCACCAAGACACAGUCCCACUGUCCAUCGCCCUGGCUGACCACCAUCCUGCCACUGAUGACUGGAGAGACUUUGUUCUGGUGUCGGCGGGUGACGCCAUCAUCGCCAGCUCCCCGGCGCCCCUCUGCGACGGCGAGAGUCAUGAAAUCCACCUGAAGAUCUCAGGCAACCGCACACAGUUGCUGGUGGACGGGGAACCCGGGCGCAGUGAAGAUGCCGAAGUGGACCUUUUGUCUCCUUCCAGCACCUUCGUAGGAGGUCUCCCUGAAGUUCCGCUGGCCGCCACCCCGGUGUCGGCGUACUACAGCGGCUGUAUGGUGGUCUCUGUGAACGGACUGACCUUGGACCUGGACCAGGCCCUGCACAAGCACAACGACAUCCGCUCUCACUCCUGCCCCCUGCUGGACUCCAACCAGUGACCGUGGAGACUGGAGUCCGGUGUUUUCCAGGAGACUGCUCAGACUGUCAGUGGGCGGCCCGGUUCCUUGUCUCCGCCGUGACUCCAGGUCAGUCCAGAAGGGGCAUCUUCACUCCCAUCAGAACUGUUCCUUGUCUCCGCCGUGACUCCAGGUCAGCAUCUUCACUCCCAUCAGAACUGUUCCUUGUCUCCGCCGUGACUCCAGGUCAGUCCAGAAGGGGCAUCUUCACUCUCAUCAGAACUGUUCCUUGUCUCCGCCGUGACUCCAGGUCAGCAUCUUCACUCCCAUCAGAACUGUUCCUUGUCUCCGCCGUGACUCCAGGUCAGCAUCAUCAUCAGUCCUUCCAGUCAGACGGGGCCUGCUGCUCCUGGGCACCAGAUGCCCUGAAGUUAGGAGAGAAGAAACCUUGUUAGCACACAGAGACUGAGAGUGUCCACCACACACCUUAAUCCUGCUCCUCGCUCACCGCAGUCCAGUCCAGCAAAGGCCGCUUCAUGGAAGAAGCACAGAGGAGGAGGAAGAUCACCGCAUGUCAAAACCAAGCAAGCUACUGACUGUAAAUAAUGGCAGUGCUUUAGAAAACUACCUGACAAUAUCCAAAGGUGUGUAGUAACAACCUGCUCUUCUGCUGCAUCCUCAUGGCACACCUGGCAGACUCAGGGCCCGCCACUUCAUUUUAUUGUGGCCCGCCACGUCAUCUUAUGUGGUCUAUCACGUCCUUUUUAUAUUGUAGCCCGCUGCCUCAUUCUAAUGUGGCCUGCUGCAUCAUUUUACGUGGCCCGCCACAUCAUUUUAUUUUGGCCUGCUGCAUCAUUUUACUUGGCACGCCAUACCUUUUUAUUUUUGUCUGCCACAUAAUGCCCACUGCGUCAUUCUUAUGUGGCCCGCCACAUCAUUUAUUGUGGCCUGCUGCAUCAUUUUAUGUGGCCCGCCACAUCAUUUAUUGUGGCCUGCUGCAUCAUUUUAUUGUUGCCCGCCACAUCAUUUAUUGUGGCCUGCUGCAUCAUUUUAUUGUGGCCAGCCACAUCAUUUUAUUGUGGCCUGCUGCAUCAUUUUACUUGGCACGCCAUACCUUUUUAUUUUGGUCUGCCACAUAAUGCCCACUGCGUCAUUUUAAAGUGGCCUGCUGCAUCAUUUUAGGUGGCCCGCCACAUCAUUUUAUUGUGGCCUGCUGCCUCAUUUUACCUGGCCCGCCACGUCAUUUUAUCGUCGCCUGCUGCAUCAUUUUACUUGGCCCGCCAUACCUUUUUAUUUUGGUCUGCCACAUAAUGCCCACUGCGUCAUUUUAAAGUGGACUGCUGCAUCAUUUUAUGUGGCCCGCCACAUCAUUUAUUGUGGCCUGCUGCAUCAUUUUAUUGUGGCCAGCCACAUAAUUUUAUUGUGGCCUGCUGCAUCAUUUUACUUGGCCCGCCAUACCUUUUUAUUUUGGUCUGCCACAUAAUGCCCACUGCGUCAUUUUAAAGUGGACUGCUGCAUCAUUUUAAGUGGCCCACCACAUUAUUCUUAAGGUGGCCCACCAUACCAUUUAAUUGUGGCCCGUCGUGUCAUUUAUGUGGCUGUCCGCAUCCUUCUAAUGUGGCCCGCCAAGUCAUUUUAACGUGGUUUGCCAUACCAUUUUAUAUUGGCCUGACUCAUCAUUUAUGUGGCCCACCACAGCAUCCUAAUGUGACCCGCCUCAUCAUUUAUGUGGCCCGCCUCAUCAUCCUAAUGUGACCAACCACCUUAUUUUAUUGUGACCUGCAACAUAAUUUUAUGUGGUCUGCCAAAUCAUUCAAAUGUUGCCCACCACAUUAUUUUAUGGUGGACUGUCUAAUCAUUCUAUGGUGGCGUGCCACAUGAUUUUAUUGUGGACCAUUACAUCUUUUUAUGUGGACCGUGACAUCAUUUUAUGAGGCCUACCACGAAAUUUAAUGUGGUCCACCUCAUCAUGCUAAUGUGACCCCCCCACAUCAUUUUAUGUGGCCUGCCGCAUCACUUCCUGUUGUCCACUACAUACUUUUAAUAAUGGUCCUCAACAUUAUUUUAACAUGGCCCACCUCAUAAUUUUAUCAUGGACCACCACUUCUUUUUAAAGUGGCCCAUAACAUCAUUUCGCGCGGUCUGCCAGGUCAUUUUAUUGUGGCCGGUUGCCUCUGCCAGUUGUGUAACGAGGCUAAAUAUGACUUGAUAUUCAUGUACAUAUUUACUGUUAAAAGCGGCCAUAAUUGCGAAGUGGCCCCCAAUAAAAAGGAGUGAGACCCGCCUGCCUCAGGACGAUCAUAAGCAAUAGAAAGUCUUUAUUUGCUAGGUGCUACAUAAACCAAACUGUAGAAAACAGCCAAUGUUGAAAGGAGCGACCUGAUUGGUCAAAGAUUGACACUUUUUUGGGCUCAUUUUCCAGUUUUCUCUUGUUUCAAGCCAGAAAGUUGCUUCCUUUUUUAGAUUUUGUUUGAAAUCAUGUGUUGUGUUCUGUAAUGUUCGUUAGUUUGUGUUCUUUUGUCUGCACGCUACAAUCUAGUGGAGAGCAAAAUAAAGAGUUCCAUGGAGGAGGAAAAUCCUCUUUUCAA